AUGCCAACUUCAAAGAGACACAUGAUCCAUGGGGAAGUUUCAGAUGCAAAUAGCUAUUGUUACACACAACAUGCAAAGAAGCGUACAAGAUAUGAGAACAACGUUUCUUCUUCUUCUUCUUCUUCAAAGUUCAAAGGAGUUGUGCAGCAGCAAAACGGUAACUGGGGUGCACAGAUAUAUGCAAAUCAUCAGAGGAUUUGGCUUGGGACAUUUAAAUCGGAGGAGGAGGCAGCAAUGGCGUAUGACAGUGCCGCCAUUAAGCUUCGAAAUGGAGAGUCUCAAAGAAACUUUCCGUGGACAAAUCUUACGGUUCAAGAACCAGACUUCCAAAACCAUUACACAACAGAAGCAGUCCUAAAUAUGAUUAAGGAUGGAUCAUAUUCCUCCAAUUUUUCGAGCUUUUUGGAUCGAAAACGAGAGGAAAAAGGAGUGGAUCACAAUGCCAAGGUUUCCCAGGGCGGUGGAGGCAUGAUGUGGAGACAACUAUUCCAGAAGGAACUAACUCCAAGCGAUGUCGGUAAGCUUAACAGACUAGUUAUACCAAAAAAGUAUGCAGUUAAGUAUUUUCCAAAGGUAUCGGACAAUGGGGAAGGGAAUGCAGAUGGAAGUGCUGUGGACAACACAAGGUUAAAUUUUUACGACAGGUGGAUGCGCCUGUGGAAGUUUCGGUAUUGUUACUGGAGUAGUAGUCAGAGUUUCGUCUUCACAAGGGGCUGGAAUAGAUUUGUGAAAGAAAAGGAGUUGAAGGCAAAGGAUAUUAUAACUUUUUAUAUGUGUGAAACACCUAAAAUGCCUCACGAUGGGCAGCCAUUUUGUGUCAUUGAUGUAAAGAGAAUGGAUGGUAAUAGUGAAGGCAAUGGAAGUAUGGUUGAAGGGGUCGAUCAUGCAUUGAAAUUAGAUUUGGCACAAAAUCUAAACAACGGUACCUCAUCUGAGGAUGAGGUACCAAUAUCUCAAAAUAAUCUGAAGAAGGGUGUAAAGCUUUUUGGUGUACAUAUCAGUUGA